UCGUGACCUCAUGAACGCGCACGUACGGAGUGAUGCACAAUACGCAUGCGCAGCACGCAAUCAAAUUGUUUGCGCCGGCGUCGCCUCCGAUUAGCACAUUAGCACAAGACUUGACCCUGAAAGUUGCCCCAAGAGGACAAAAGCCUCCAGCCGCCGAAGUCCAGGCUGCGUUGCAAGUGCGCCGACCUGGACAAGUGAUGAACCAAAGCAGAUACCAUGGAGGAGGCGAGUGCAAUCAAGUUCCAAGCUCUGAGAGCCAAGUUUCAGGAGGAGGCUCUCCUGGUUCAAAGUAAAAGCACUCGACCAGCUGUAGCCCAGAAACCCAAAAACCUUCCUCCCCACUGCAGUUCUCUGGUCAACAGUCUCAAUGUUGCCACAGAAAACAAGAGCAAAAUGCUUCCCAGGGUCAUCUUCAGAGAUGGACUGCGGGCUUCUGGGGGAAGGCGGCCAAUUUCUUUUCCAUCUCAGGAGACCUGCCCUUCUUCCCCGUCCCAUAGCGGGGAGCGCAGGGCAGGGCAGUCCCUGAAAGAAGGACCGGUGCCUGGACAAGAAGAAGAACUGGAGACGGUGAAAGAAGUGCUCUCACAAAGCAAAGUCAAAAAGAAGAACGUGCUGCUUCCUUUCAAGUCCAAAGUGUCCAAGCUAAACCCAGAAAAGGUGGAGGAGCCCACGUACACCGACUUGAGCACCAGACCUUCCAGUGCUCCUGGCGAGCUGCCCUCUGUGGAAACAGAGACCUCAGUGGACGCUGUUUGGCAGUCAGAUGUCUCGGUCACACCUCGGUCAGCAGAGACCAAUGGCUUUGUUAGCACCUUGGAGAAGGCAAAGAAGAAGUUCUCUCGCCGGCAGAUGUUGAUCUCCAGCAAAACAAAGAGUCUGCGUUCACCUUCACCUGUCCUCCUUCCCCCCCUGGCUUGCAUAUCUGCUCGUCCUUUCUCCAGAGUCAACAGUUGGCCUCCAAAGCCUGCUGCAGUAAUCAAGCAUCCUUCCUGCUGGCCUCCUCCAAAGAAGCCCCUGCCUGACUUGUGCUCGCUGGCGCUGAAGCCAUUGAAACCCCCCAGGCCUCCGUUAGUGGAUCUCUGCCCUCUGGUCAAUGAGAUGCUCCCUGAUAUCAUGCCAGAUGCCCCAGACUCAGAGCAUGUGUCCAUCUCCAACGCUGUCCUGGAUGCUCCUGAUUUUCCAGACUUUGAGAACCAAAAUGAAGAACCAUCACAGGCUGAAGCGGUCGACAUUGCCGCUCUCGAUCUGGAGUUUCUAGAUUUAGGAGCUCUUAACUCUCCACCUCCUGCACCAACUCCAACUGGAGUCCUUGAAUUUGAGGCUCCUCAGUCCGACACCUGCAAUUCCACAGGGGCCAGUGAGAGCCCUUUUGCUCCAGAUCUGAACCUGGGCUGUCUGAACGGAAUCCCUCUUGAUCCAGCCAGCUUCCCCGAACCCUCAAAUCUGACAGACUUCCUAGCGCUGGAUCCAUUGAUGCAGAGUGAGGACGUGAUGGUACCCUCAGCCCUCCAUCUUGAUGAGACCGAAGGCCAUUCUGCCCCUGAGGAAACCCAGCUGGGUUUUCAAGACGCACCGGCCAAUGAGGAGAUUGACACGCAUACAUGUGUCCAUCAACAAGACUAUGAAUGUGACAACGUGUAUGAAGAUGUGGAAAACAUCAACAAGUUCAUCCUGAGCCAGAACUUGCACAGGCAGAAAGUCAGCGUGAAAAAUCCAUAUGCUGACAACCACCCAGUGAUUUUUGCCAGAUGGAGGACGGCCUUUGAUUUUCUCCCACUGUGCCGAUCCAACAGGGCCGCUGUAUCAGCAGAACAUUCAUCUUCUAACCAUGUGCACAGCAAGGAGCGCCAGAGCCCCAACUUUGCCGAGUGCAAGGAGCAGAAGAAGAGGGAGAAGCAGCGGCUGGAGAAGGAGAAAAAGGAGCAGAAGGAAAGAGAGAAGAAAGAGAAUGAAAUGAAAAAGAAGUUCAAAGUGACAGGUGGUGAAGACCCCAUGUACCAUGCCAAGGUGAUGGUGGCCAGUAAAGUGCGUAAGAAUGACCUGCCUGUGACCAGCGGGGACACGGUCAGCAUCAUUCGCACCACAAACUGCCCCAAAGGCAGAUGGUUGGCGCGGGAUGCCAACCACAAAUAUGGCUACAUUUCAGUAAUGAAUGUGGAGCUGAAUAUGAAGGAAAUGCUGGAACUUGGCAAGAAGGCCCAAGCAGCUGGACGUGGUGGCAACCUGGAGGGGGACACCAUCAGCAUUGGGAGCAGGUCCUCAAGCCACCCUGUAUUAACAAGCAGUUUCACAGACGACAGUGAGGAGUGGGCGUGUGAAGAGGAGACGCUCUCCACCACCUACGACCACCAAAACCAUCUCAAGUGUUGCUUUUUUCUUCAUCCUUUCAGCGUUCUGCUGCCCAGCUCCAUGGCUGAAACAUCAUGGGAGCCACCUCUCAUCCAGCACACGCCAAGCCAUGAGACAAGACAUGAAGCCCUGCAGAAGCUGGCCAUCUUCUUUCAACACCACCAAGAAGAGUUUGGUGAUGAUGGACUAGCAACUCCUACCAACGCUGACCCUCCAAGCUUCUUGUGUGCCGUUGAAGAGCCUCCAAGCUUCUUGUGUGCCGUUGAAGAGCCUCCAUAUCCUGAACAGGAAGUGGACUUCUCCCAGCUGGAACUCCUUCCUCCUCCACCUCUGUACGCUGACACCUUCUGAGUCCAACUUCUCUGUAGGUCUUUUCACUUCCUUCUACCUACUUCUGUUCUUGCCUUUCUUUGCAUUUAAUAAAUAAUUGUCAUGGA